AACAGUUAUUAUCAUAUUGCCCCUAAACCUAUUGGGAUAUUGAAAACCGGAGAUCGACGGAGCCCAAGAAUAUAUUCUUCACAGACUAAAAAGGAAAGAAACAAUAUCAUUAAUGGAGAUCGACUCAUCUACUACGAUCGAAUCCACCGUGACUACCUCACUUCCGGAGAAAAUCCAUCUCCGACCAAUGACUCUCUCCGACAUCGACGACUUCAUGGUUUGGGCCACUGACUCAAAGGUCACGCGCUAUUGCACGUGGGAGCCUCACAUGAGCAAAGAAGCCGCGAUCUCGCACUUAAACAACGUCGUGUUGCCACACCCUUGGCUCAGAGCUAUCUGCUUAGAAAACGACCGUCCGAUCGGCUCGAUCUCCGUCACGCCAGUCGAUGAGAUCAGAGGAGAGAUAGGUUAUCUCAUCGGGAGCAAGUAUUGGGGGAAAGGGAUCGCGACGGAGGCUGUGAGGCUUGUGGCGGCGGAGAUAUUCAAGGAAAAGCCGGAGAUGGAGAGGCUUGAGGCACUUGUUGACGUUGAUAAUGUCGGAUCUCAAAAGGUUCUUGAAAAAGUUGGGUUUGUGAGAGAAGGUGUGAUGAGGAAUUUUAUGUAUCUAAAAGGAAACGUUAGAGAUAUGGUCAUGUUUAGUUUAUUGCCUUCUGAUUCUUUGCACUGAUAUCAUGAUCUGAUUGCAUCAACAAAUAUCAAUCACAUCAGAUUUGUAUAGAUGAUAUAUAUCGAAAUUUGUAUUUUGCUUUAGUUUGUAUAAAUCACAUUUUAUAAGUUGAUGUGAUGCUCUGUUUCCCCUUCUUCUCAUGUUGUACGUAGUAACCUUAUUUACUAUUUCUAUACCAAGAUUCUUUUAUAA